GAGCACAGACAUCGUGAGGAGGAAAAGGUAAUGGGGGUAUGACGACUGCAACGUCCCACACACAGCUGAACUGAAGAGGGAACUCUGUCUCUCUCCUCCUCAUCAUUUCUGGGAUUAAGUUUUUUACCACCUCAGAAUCAUGGAAUCUCCAACCAGAGAGAUAGAGGAUUUUGAAAGCACGUCACUCAAGUACCUACAGGCAGACCAGAUUGAGAAAAUUUGGCUCAGACUCCGAGGACUGAGGAAAUACAAGAAAACUUCACAGAGAUUACGAUGUCUGGUGAAACAGUUGGAGAGGGGAGAUGCUUCUCUUGUAGACCUAAAGAAAAACCUGGAAUAUGCUGCCUCAGUUCUGGAAUCAGUCUAUAUUGAAGAAACAAGGCGAUUGGUCGAUACCGAGGAUGAGCUCAGUGACAUCCAAUCAGAUUCGGUGCCGUCAGAAGUCCGUGAUUGGCUGGCCUCCACCUUCACGAGGCAGAUGGGGCUGAUGCUGCGACGGACAGAGGAGAAGCCGCGAUUCCGCAGCAUCGUACACGCAGUGCAGGCUGGGAUAUUUGUGGAGAGAAUGUACCGGCGAACUUCAAACAUGGUGGGACUUUGUUACCCUCCCGCUGUCAUAGCAGUGCUUAAGCAUGUGGAUAAAUGGUCGUUUGAUGUAUUUGCUCUGAACGAUGCGAGCGGCGAGCACUCGCUGAAAUUCAUCUUUUACGAUCUCCUCACCAGAUACGACCUCAUAACUCGCUUUAAGAUCCCCAUCUCAGCGCUGGUCUCGUUUGUGGAGGCUCUGGAAGUAGGUUACAGUAAACAUAAAAACCCGUACCACAACCUGAUACAUGCAGCUGACGUCACACAGACGGUGCACUACCUGCUUCUCAAGACAGGGAUGGUGCACUGGCUGACAGAGUUGGAGAUUUUUGCUAUGCUUUUUGCUGCUGCCAUCCAUGACUAUGAGCACACAGGGACCACAAACAACUUCCACAUACAGACCAGGUCGGACACAGCCAUCCUGUACAAUGAUCGUUCUGUGCUGGAGAGUCACCACGUGAGUGCGGCCUAUCGACUGCUGCAGGACGAUGAUGAGAUGAACAUCCUGUACAACCUCUCCAAAGACGACUGGAGAGAGCUCAGGGCGCUGGUGGUGGAGAUGGUUUUGGCAACCGACAUGUCCUGCCACUUCCAGCAGGUCAAAGCCAUGAAGAACUUCCUUCAACUGCCUGAGGGAAUUGACAAACCCAAGGCUCUGUCUCUGUUGUUACACACGGCCGACAUUAGUCAUCCAGCUAAAAACUGGGAUCUGCAUCACCGCUGGACUACAUCACUCCUGGAGGAGUUUUUCAGACAGGGUGAUAAGGAAGCAGAACUCGGUCUACCUUUCUCACCUCUGUGUGACCGCAAGUCUACUAUGGUAGCCCAAUCCCAGAUCGGGUUCAUUGACUUCAUCGUUGUCCCCACGUUUACUGUUUUGACUGACAUGACAGAGAAGAUUAUCACGCCAAUGAUCGAGGAGGCAUCAAACUCAGGUCUUGCUGGAUUCCGCAGUAUUACUGCAGAAGACUCCAAACGAAGCAGUGUGAACAGCUCAGGUUCUGAUGGCUCUCUGCUUACCGUGGACUUGAAGCACUUUAAGGCCAUCUGGAAUGAGAAGGUUUAUCAGAACAGAGAGCGGUGGAAGACACAGGCAGCUAAAGAGACUGAGGAGAAGGCCAAACGGGAGAUGGAGGAACAGCAGGAAGCAAAAGCAGAGAACCAGGAGCAAAAAAAAGACUCUGAGUCAUCAGAACCGAAGCAAGACGGGGUGGGACAGAACAACCCAGAGCCAGGGGGGAUAAACGGGCCUUCUGAAGAAAGCCCCCAUACUAACAAUCCAGAUGUAGAUAAAGGAGACCAGAAAUUCCACAACGGAGAGGUGUCUGAGACCGAAUCACCAGCAGACGAAGAUGAGAAAUCGCUUAAAGAAACUGAAACUGCCUAAAGUGAUUUACAGUGGACCCUUGUCCAAAGGACAAUAAUCAGAACUGAAGGUGCACAGCGGCCUCUAGUGGACACAGCUAAAGCUUACAUUACUUUGUGUUUGGCCUCUUUUCUCUCCAAAAUAUUUGCUACAGGAUCUCUUUUGACUUUUAAAGACUGAUCUUUGACGGCAAAGGAUACAACUGACGGCAGAAACCGCCAAUGCUUUUGUACAGUCUUAAAUCUUUUGAUUUAAUGAAUCAGACCACAACAUCCACUCUAAAAGAGCCGGUAAAGAGCCGCAUGCAACGGCUGAAAAAAAAAAUAUGGGGAAAUUAGGAUUCUUUCUAAAACAACCUUCAUUUGUAAAUGCUUUUUAUGUCUAUCGGCAUGUGUAUGAAGCUCAACUGUGGUUCAUAUCUAAAUGCGGCUUGUGUUAAACUAAAAAACAAUCAUCCCAGCUUGCAUCAGUGAUCAAUAUUCAUCCAAAUCUGCUUUCUAGCCUGACAACAUUGUGAUUCAGCUGUUUUAAAUGCGCUUUACUUGACACAGAAUGAUGUAUUUCAGCAAACAUGCUCUGCUGUAAUGACUCAUUGUAAGCCUCGUUUGCUAAUAGAGGUUGCAUAUAUGAAAUCUGGAAUGUGUAUAUGUAUUAUUAUUGUACAUUAAUAUGUCAACGCAUAGAUCAGAGCUUUUAUUAUUGAGAAAAGCUGUAUGAAGUGGCAGUAUUUAAAAUCAAGCAUGUCUUUGUACAGCUGAGGAGUAGAAAAAGCCUGACUCGACCUGAGAUUUUCUUCCCGCUACCUUCAGAUGCCUUUCUUUACGUAGUCUUUCUGAAACAGACAGAACUGAAAUGUCUUCUACAGGAACACACAUGCAGAGAAACUAGCGUUCAGCAUAGAUAAUGUAACUCUUAUUAAUCAUAACCAUAUCACUGUGCUUUGUCAAUUCCUGGAUAUCACACAAAUUCCAUCCUUUUUCUGAUUUCUUGGUGUUUUUGUGACAUUUGCUUGAUGUACCUCUGUAUUUCAUCAUACUCCAGUCUAUCUAUUCUAUCUUGUCUGUUACGGCGACCAAACUUUCCUCUGUUCUUCAAUCAAUUAAACGACAAAUGACAAAAAUGUAUUCGGUUAAAUCUCACGAAGGUCACAUUACACCCCAAAAAAGAAAAAAAGCAGAAAUUAUAUUUUCCAUAAUGAAAAUCGAUGAAUAUAUAUAUAUAUAUAUAUGUAUAUGUAUAAAUAUGUUAUUAGGGGUAAAACAAUCACAUUUAUCAUUAAUGUUCCUUUAUUUUCUUUUGGACUUUGAAGUGAAAUGUGACCUGGACAUGUUCUUGAUGGGUUUUGUGUGAUUCACCCAUUAAUAAUUUACUUUACACAAAUAAUCAUAUUAAUUAUUAAAUUAAUCUGUUGUGCUGUUAAUAUGAUUUCUCCGGUCUUUUUCUUCAUUGAAUGAGUCUGUGUGGAUGAGAUAUGCGAUAGACAUUGUAAAAAUUUAUUUUGUGUGUUUGUUUCAAGUUGCUCGCUCUGUAUGUAUUCUUGUUCUGAGAGUAUAAAGUGAGAAACGUUGAGCUUCUAAGCGGUUUUAUUUAUUUCGUUUUGUUUGUGACUACAAAUCCUCUACAAUUCGUUCUUACUGCCUCUCACUGGCUUUGGUUUCAUGUAUAUUAUUUACUAGCAUUAUUAGUGUGUAUGUCUUGUUAUUUCCCGCCAUAAGAGCAGUUAAUUAAUAUGUCUUUUGUAAUGAAGCAAAUUGUCACUUUAUUACAUUGUGUUACAUGGUUGUUGAUGAUUUUUUUUUUCUUUGUUUACCUCUAAAGCUUCCUGUAGAUUCAGACUACAUAUACGAGAUGGUUUCAGUUGACAGGGCAGGUGAAUGUGACAGCAUGUGCUGAAUGAUGCUACAGCAUGUGCGCGUGUGAUUGAAUGUGUGCAUGUGUGCACUUUGUAAACAUUUACACUGUGAUUUUUAGUGUAUAGCCGUUCCCAUGAUGUCUGUUUUUGAGCAUGACACAGAGAGAGUGGCAUCUGCCACUACUGUAUAUGCCUCUGCACAACCGUGAUUCACAAUAAACAUCAACUUA